CUGCAGGCUUGCAGAGGGUUAAUUUCCCCUUCCAGGGAAAGUGAGUGACGUGGGGUGUGUGUGAAGCGCUUACGAAAGCCCCAGUUAAGCAGCAACGCCCUCACAUCACAUGCCUUGGCAGAGAACGGCAGGCCGAGCUCCAGAUUCCCCCUAGCCGGAGCCUUCCCUUUUUGAGCGAGGGAGGGCAGGGCCGCCUCAGCCAAUGGCAGCCGAGACAGCCUCGCACAUAGCUGGGCGUCAUGCCCACUAGCCGGCAUUUCGGCAUUUCCUCUCUUCCCGGCAAGGACAGAGUGAAAAAAGAGCCGAGAGGGGAAUCGGCGCGGUGGGAAUCUUAUCUCAGCUGUGGUGGGAUCUACAUCGGCUGCGUAGCUCGGGCGAAGGGGAGAUGCUUUGCCUGUGCCUCUAUGUGCCAAACUUCGGCGCUUCCCAGGCUGAGUUUGAGUACUUCGAGUCCAGACGCCUCCCCGCCGGACUCAAAUCCAUCUUCAGGCUGAGCCUUCUGAUCCCUUCCCAGGAAUUCUCCACCUACCGGCAGUGGAAGCAGAAAAUCGUAAAAGCUGGCGAUAAGGACCUGGAUGGCCAGCUGGACUUCGAAGAAUUCGUUCACUACCUCCAGGACCACGAGAAGAAACUGAGGCUGGUCUUCAAGAGCUUGGACAAAAAGAAUGACGGUCGCAUUGACGCUCAGGAGAUCAUGCAGUCCCUCCGCGAUCUGGGCGUCAAGAUCUCGGAACAGCAGGCGGAGAAGAUCCUCAAGAGCAUGGAUAAAAACGGGACGAUGACCAUCGAUUGGAACGAGUGGCGGGAUUAUCACCUCCUGCACCCAGUGGAGAAUAUUCCAGAAAUUAUCCUGUACUGGAAACACUCAACGAUUUUCGAUGUCGGGGAGAAUCUCACCGUCCCGGAUGAAUUCACCAUAGAAGAGAGGCAGACGGGGAUGUGGUGGCGCCACCUGGUGGCAGGAGGAGGUGCCGGCGCUGUAUCCAGGACCUGCACAGCCCCCUUGGACCGUUUGAAGGUGCUCAUGCAGGUCCACGCUUCUCGCAGCAACAAUAUGUGCAUCGUCGGAGGGUUUUCUCAAAUGAUCCGUGAAGGUGGCACCAGGUCUCUUUGGCGUGGCAACGGCAUCAACGUCUUGAAGAUCGCCCCGGAAUCAGCUAUCAAAUUCAUGGCGUACGAGCAGAUCAAACGCUUCAUCGGCACAGACCAAGAGGUGCUGAGGAUUCACGAGAGGCUGGUGGCCGGCUCGUUGGCUGGAGCCAUUGCACAGAGCAGCAUUUACCCCAUGGAGGUUCUGAAAACCCGGAUGGCCCUGCGUAAAACCGGGCAGUACACAGGGAUGCUGGACUGCGCAAAGAACAUCCUUGCCAAAGAAGGACUAGGUGCUUUCUACAAGGGCUACAUUCCCAACAUGCUGGGGAUCAUCCCGUAUGCUGGGAUUGACCUGGCUGUUUACGAGACAUUGAAAAACAGCUGGUUGCAGCAUUACGCCGUGAACAGUGCAGAUCCUGGCGUCUUCGUCCUAUUGGCCUGUGGCACCAUGUCAAGCACUUGUGGGCAGUUGGCCAGCUACCCUCUUGCUUUAGUACGGACCCGAAUGCAGGCUCAAGCCUCAAUCGAAGGAGCCCCCGAAGUGACCAUGAGGGGCCUCUUCAGGCACAUCCUGAAGACCGAAGGCGCCUUUGGGCUCUACAGGGGCCUGGCCCCCAAUUUCAUGAAGGUGAUCCCCGCCGUCAGCAUCAGCUACGUGGUCUACGAGAACCUGAAGAUGACUCUGGGGGUGCAGUCGCGAUGACCACCGAGUGGCCUCUGGGACACAUUUUAAAACCAAACCCGGGAGCGGCAGCUCUCGGGUGGACGGCCGUUUCAUUCUGUGAAUGGGUUGAAGACACUAAUAAGUCGCGCGAACCAAGCUGUGAUGCCCCCAGACCCAGAAGAAGGGGUGGGGGGUGGGGGAACUGGGGGAGA